AUUGUGGAAAAGGAAGUUGGUUAUCCUCUUAGCCGGACCAAGUGCUUGUUAAGUAUGACUUCCAACGUUACGUACUGUGAUCUCAAAGGUUUACAGCAAAACCUGAAAGACUACAGCGAAUACUUGGUGUUUAUAAUUUGUAUAUGUGGAUGUAUAUCUAACUGCUUUAAUAUUUGUGUGCUGAGCCGUAAACAAAUGCAAUGUCCCACAAAUUAUAUCCUCCUAAGGAUGGCUGUUGUUGAUAUGCUUGUGAUGCUGGACUACAUGCCCUUCUCUUAUUUAAUGACACAACAAACGAGUGUCUACAUACCUUAUUAUUACAGUCAUUACUUCGCUGUGUACGUAAUACUCCACACGGUUUUUUCGCAAACUUUGCAUUUUAUAUCCUGCUGCCUAACUAUUAUAUUAGCUCUCUGGAGAUAUAUAGCUGUCAAGUUCCCGCAGAACAACAGGAAAUGGUGUAGUCCGAAAAUGACCAAAUGGACAAUAUUCUUGGUCUACAUCUUGUGUCCCAUUAUUUGCAUACCCAUUUUUCUCAGUCACAUGAUUGUGGAAAAAACGGCUCACGUCUUCGAUAAUCACACGUUUGUUUUGAGCAAGCCCAACGACACGAAUACGACAAGUGUGAUUAUAAAUUAUGUCACACUGAAAGAUGGUUUCUACAAACUGAUCUCGUUGUACACCUACGGCGUCCUCGUCAAGCUUGUUCCGUGCAUUUUACUGACGAUCUUGUCCGUAUUGAUAAUCAUCGAAUUGUUGGCUGCCAAGAAGAGGAUGAAAAAACUGAUGAAUCCCGUCACGAAAGACGCCGAUGGACUUGUGAAAAAGAAGCCGAGCCAAAGAGUGGUGGAGAAGGAGAAACAGGCACACCGGACGACGAAAAUGCUGCUCGCUGUACUCCUGCUUUUCCUGCUGGUGGAGUUCCCUCAAGCUAUUUAUGGUCUACUUAUUGUCAUUAUCGGCGAUGAUUUUCAGGCGCAGUGCUACAACCCCAUAGGUCCUCUGAUUGAUAUAAUCGUGCUUCUCUCCUGUGCCAUAAACUUCUUCCUGUACUGCAUCAUGUCCCAGAAGUUCCGUGAAGUCUUCAAGGAAAUAUUUUUUCCGUAUUUAACAAAAUACGGGACGUGGACUAAAACUUCUUCCACCAUCGAGUUAUAAAUUAUAAUUGUAUAUUGUUGUUCUAGAAUGUAUAAGACAGGGUAAUGUUAAUUAUUUGAUUUAUAAAAAUAAAAUAAUACAGCCUAUAAGCGUGAGCCCAGCUAUAGGUGUAUUAAUA